AUGUUCUACGAUGAUUCCAGAGGAGGCACAAGUUCAGUCAUGGGCCCGGAUUCCACGCCAUUUCGGCCAGGGCACUCCCGGAAAGUUGUUGUGCAACCUAACCUCAACAGCAUCAUCGGCAUGGGUGGUGAAAAACGCGAUCUCAUCACAUUCAGGAUAGAAUGGCUUUACCAACCUCCAAAAACCAUGGAAUUGGUGGAGAAGAGAGAUUUGAAGUCUCUAUUACAAAACCCAAGAUUUGCCCGGACCGAUUCGGACAAUGCGAAAACGGUGGUUCCGACGAUGCCCCAAACGAGGAUUCACUCAACAUUGCCUAAAAGACCCAUGAUAAGAUGGGCCAGGAUCAAAUUAAUCGGGUCUGGAGCGUUCGGACAGGUGCUCCGUGCUGUUGACGUGGACACCGGUAGGCUCAUCGCAGUCAAGAUUGUGAAGAUACGGCAGAAUCAACACAAGGAAGCUUUCUUCGCACUCCUGAAACGCGAGGUCGAGGCCAUUGGGAGAAUCGAACAUCCAUUCGUUGUCGAUUACAUAUGCUCCAAUCACAGCAUAAACGCCACCGAGGCACAAGUCGUAAUGGGUUUGAUGAAGGGCAGUUUGCACUCGCUUCUCGACGCGAAAGAGGUCCCGUGGCAUUACAUAAAUGAGACCGCGAACACAAUGCUCACCCACAUGUUACAGGCUCUGGACUGUGUUGCUUCCAUGGGCAUUGUUCACCGCGACGUCAAACCGGAAAAUAUCCUCUACACCUAUAGCCCACACAAUGAACUUAUCUUCAAGCUCGGAGACUUUGGCCUUUGCAACCAGGCAGCCUUGGCUCAGUCCACAGCGGGUACCUUCCUAUACAUGGCUCCAGAGAUCCUCUCAGCAGCGCAAGGUCAGACGCCGAAGGCGGACAUCUGGUCCCUCUUCAUGGUCCUAAUCUGGAUGUACGACUUCCAGGGGUUCCGCAACGCAAACCCUUACAAGUUCAACGUCCAAACACUGCAGGAGCUGGUAAGGGACGCCACCGCGCCGGAGGAGUACCUGGAACCGCUCAAAGAGAUGGGCCGUCCGGACCCGGAGAAGCGCGCGUCGGCCGCACAGAUGAUGCUCAAGCUCGGCCUGUUCUCGCGGAAGCCCAAGGCCAUACUCUGCAGCCACGGCAAGGACCCGAAGAGGAUACCGCCGAUGCCGGUAGAUGUCCCUACCCCAGGCGCACGCACCCCCAAACAAUCUAUCGAGAAGAAACCGGCUGUCAAGAAGUCGGCCUCUACAGGUCACCCGGCGCAUACGAAUAAUAAUCUCGAAAGACAACAUCUGGCCAAUGCAGUGCCAUAUCUUGUGCAUCUGCGCUACAUGAAUGUUGGGCCGGUGAUCUGGCGGCGACGCGGAUUGCCCAUCCAACUCUACGGAAGCCAGAGUGGGAAGGUCAAGAAGGAAACUCCGCAAAUCACGUUUCCCAUGGCUCUAAGGGUGAUGAGCAACCUUUUAGCCUACGUGUAUUGA